GUUCAUGGCACAUACAGUUAGCGCGUGCUCGCUGACACUUAUUUUUAUCAUCAUGUUGCUGUUGGUUAAGGCAAAAAUAGAUGUGUGCAAGAGAGGGGAUGUGACUGUGCAGCCUUCCCAUGUCAUUUCAUUAGGAUCCGCUGUCAACAUUUCCUGCUCUGUGAAGCCCAAACAAGGCUGCUUGCCAUCUUCCAGUUCUAGCAAGUUAAUCCUCUACAAGUUCGACAGAAGAAUUUAUUUUGACCAUGGUCACUCCCUCAGUUCUCAAGUCACAGGUCUUCCCCUGGGCACAACCCUGUUUGUCUGCAAGCUGGCCUGCAGCAGCAGUGACGAGAUUCGAAUAUGUGGGGCAGAGAUCUCCGUUGGUGUUGUUCCAGAACAGCCUCGAAACUUAUCUUGUAUACAGAAGGGAGAACGUGGAACUGUGACCUGCGCCUGGGACAGAGGACGAGACACCCACCUGUAUACUGCAUACACUUUACAGUUAAAUGGACCAAAAAAUUUCACUUGGCAAAAGCAAUGUAAUGAUCACUAUUGUGAUCAUUUGGACCUUGAAAUCAACCUAACCCCUGAAUCACUUGAAUCUAGUUACACAGUCAAGGUUACUGCUAUCAAUAGUCUUGGGAGUGCUUCUUCAUUUCCAUCCUCAUUCACACUGUUGGACAUAGUGAGGCCUCUUCCUCCGUGGGACAUCAGAAUCAAAUUCGUAAAUGCUUCCGUGAACAGGUGUACCCUUCUGUGGAGAGAUGAGGGGCUGGUGCUGCUCAAUCGACUCAGAUAUCGGCCCAUUAACAGCAGAUCCUGGAAUAUGGUUAAUGCCACGAAUGCCAAAGGAAGACAUGACUUGCUGGAUCUGAAACCCUUUACAGAAUAUGAAUUUCAGAUUUCCUCUAAGCUACAUCUUUAUAAAGGUAGCUGGAGUGAUUGGAGUGAAUCGUUGCGAACACAAACACCAGAAGAAGAGCCUACCGGGAUUCUCGAUGUCUGGUAUGUGAGACAGCACAUUGACUACCAUAGACAACAGAUUUCUCUUUUCUGGAAGAAUCUGAGUCUAUUGGAAGCAAGAGGAAAAAUCCUCCACUAUCAAGUGACCUUACAGGAGGUGGCAGGAGGGGAAAUCACACUACAGAACAUCACAGAACACACCUCCUGGACCUGGGUCAUUCCCAGAACUGGGAACUGGGCUGUGGCUGUGUCUGCAGCUAACUCAAAAGGCAGUUCCCUGCCCACUCGUAUUAACAUAACGGAUCUGUGUGGGACGGAGUUGCUGGCUCCUCAACAGGUCUUUGCAAAGUCAGAAGGCAUGGACAAGCUCAUGGUGACAUGGACACCUCCAGAGAAAUCUGUCCCUGCUGUGCAGAAAUACGUGGUGGAGUGGAGGGAGUUCCACCCAGGGGGCGGCAUGCAGCCCCCUCUUGGCUGGUUGUGGAGUACCCCCUACAGCCUGUCUGCUCUGAUUUCAGAAAACAUAAAACCCUACAUCUGUUAUGAAAUCCGCGUGCACGUGCUUGCAGGGGACCAGGGAGGGUGCAACUCCACCCGGGGUAGCUCCGAGCACAAAGCACCACUGAGUGGCCCCCACAUUAAUGCCAUCUCAGAGGAAAAGGGGAGCGUUUUAAUUUCAUGGGACGAAAUUCCAGCCCAGGAGCAAAUGGGCUGCAUCCUCCAUUACAGGAUAUAUUGGAAGGAACGGGACUCCAACUCCCAGCCUCAGCUUUGUGAAAUUCCCUACAGGAUCUCCCCAAAUUCACAUCCCAUAGACAGCCUGCAGCCCAGAGUGACAUAUGUUCUGUGGAUGACAGCUCUGACAGCUGCCGGCGAAAGCCCCCAAGGAAAUGAAAGAGAAUUUUGUCUGCCAGGCAAAGCCAAUUGGAGCGCAUUUGUGGCGCCAAGUAUCUGCACGGCUGUCAUCAUGGUGGGCAUUCUCUCAAUGCGUUGCUUCCGACAAAAGGUAUUUGUUCUCCUUUUGGCCCUCAGACCUCAGUGGUGUAGCAAAGAAAUUCCAGAUCCAGCAAAUAGCACUUGGGCCAAGAAAUAUCCUAUUGUGGAGGAAAAGACACAGCUGGCCUUGGAUAGGCUCCUAAAAGACUGGCCCACUGCUGAAGAACCCGAGCCCCUGGUUAUCAACGAAGUCCUUUGUCGAGUGACACCAGUCUUCAGACCUCCCCAUCACCCCAGCUGGUCAGAAAAGGGACAAGGAGUCCAAGGUCACUAUACCUCUGAGGAAGACACAGGGUACAUUGCCUCAAGCCCACCACCUCCGAGAGCUCUCACAGCAGAGACAGGACAAGGGGUGGAUCUAUACAAGGUUCUAGGGAGCAAGGGCCCUGACUCAAAGCUGGGAAACCCAGCCAGCCCCUUGACCGUCCUCCCAGUGGACUACCUUCCUACCCAUGAGGGCUACUUACCCUCCAACAUGAAUUAUCUCCCUUCACAUGAGGCUCCCAUAACUGAUCCUCUGGAAGAACUGCCUCAGCACAUCUCUCUUUCCAUUUUCCCCUCAAGUUCCCUUCGCCCACUCACCUUCUCCUGUGGUGAGAAGUUGACUCUGGACCAGUUAAAAAUGGGGUGUGGCUCCCUCAUGCUCUGAGUGGUGAAGCUUGAAGUGUGGAAAGCUGAUGAACCUCCAACCAGCAAGGCAUGCCCUGUCUACCCAGCCACCUGCUCCAGUGGUCAUUACCUCUGGGCGCUCCCAUCAGAUCUGGGUGCAGCUAGAGGGCAGGUAAGCCAGCUCAGGGUGAAUCUCAGGAACUGAGAGUUGGCUGUAAUCAAAUCCAGAUACCUCAUCUUGCCUUCUGCAGAGCCUUAAAAUUACAUCCUCUGCUGUGUGGACCUGGAAAUUCCAGUCUGGGUUCUUGCAACUUUCUUGUCUAUGUUGUCCAGAAAGGAGAAAGGCAAGAGUAGAAACCAAAACUCUUACUAGCAAUGGCAAACAGUGCAGAGGACCAUUCAUUCAACAACCACUUAUAGUUGACCUUGAAUAACGUGUUUGAGCUGCAUGGGUCCACCUAUAUGCAUAUUUUAAAAAAUAAUAAAUUCUACAGUACUAUGUGAUCCAUUGUUGGAUACUGAGUCACAGAUACAGAAGGCCAACUAAAAGUUAUAUGCAGAUUUUCAACUGCACAGGGGAGUCGAUGCCCCUAAUCAUCACAUUGUUUAAGGGUCAACUGUAUAUAAAGUUGCUACUAUAGACGACAUCUAUGUCUAGAUCAGUAUGUCCCAUAGGCCUGAUACACAAAUGUUCUGCUAGGUCAUGUUUAACUCUUCAUCCAUGCCUCCUGCCGUUCCAGACUAACAUAGUUCUCCCAGGCUUUAUUUGAAAAGCUUAAGCUUCUUCCUUACAUAUCUAUUCUACUCUGUUUAGCUGCUGUGUAAGCACCCCCACAGCAUGGUUCCUUGCAUCUCCACAGCUUCAGCACUGGCUUGUCUGCACCCAGGCUGUGGAGCCCCUGGUUUGACUGUUUGCAAUAGGUCAUGACAGACAAAGCUGCCACCUCAGAAGCAGUCCAAACUGUCACCUCUUGAGAGUAAGAGCCAACUCAUUUCUUGCAAUACCUGCUGUUCCUGUAUUUGCUUUCUUUUGAUUAUUUAAUAGCCAUUUUAGCCACUCUUCCCCUCCCGCUUCAACACACAGGCCCCAGUUUCCUUUUUAACCAACCACACCUUUUCCCUUGGGGAAGGAAAUGGCAACCAACUCCAGUACUCUUGCCUGGAGAAUCCCAUGGACAGAGAAGCCUGGCGGGCUACAGUCCACGGGGUUGCAGAGUCAGACACGACUGAGCAACAAAAGCAUCACCACUACCUUUUCCCUUCCGUUAAAGCCCCAACUGGUACUGCAGCCCUCAAUUAUUUUCUCAAUAAAAAAAAGUCUCCUUCUAAGGAUGCAGAAGCAUCCUCAGCACUCCCCUUGUACAAUGCACUUUUCCUCUACUGGACUGUAUGUAACCUGAAGGCAGGGAUCACAGCAAUCUGAUUCUCCAGCACCAUGGCUGGUCCACAGUGCUGAAGAAUCAGAUUGAUAGAGUAGGUUUAUCAAUAUAAAGUAAGAGAUGUCUCCUGCCACCGCCUCCACCUUGCUCCUUCUGUUCUAGAAGGCAAUCCAGCUAUGCCUGCUUCCUCUUUAUUGAGACAAUUGCAUUUACUUGUAAUCCUCUUCAUCCUCAACCCCCAUUCUACCCUACCAUUGACUGACAGCGCUACUAUAAUACAUGUUGCUGUUCAGUUGUGUCUGACUCUCUGCCACCCCAUGGACUGUUACUCACUGGGCUCCUCUGUCCAUGGGAUCUCCCAGGCAGAAAUACUGGAGUGGGCUGCAUUUCCUCCUCCAGGGCAUCUUCCCGAACCAGGGAUAGAACCCAUGUCUCCUGCAAGUCUCCUUCAUUGCAGGUGGAUUGUUUACUGCUGAGCUACCAAAAACCUAUUUGAGCAUGCCUCUGGCUGCUCACUCUGGCAGAUAAAAUGCCCUCUUUCCGUGAAUGACAGGAUAGGUAACCUCAUUCUGCCCUUGCUCCAAAUAGUUUUUCUAAUCUUCCUUCCUGCCCACACACAAAUAAAAUUCCUAGAUCAGACUGCCUCGUUUACCAAGCCUAGUAGAGCUCACCAAUAUUCAUAUAGCCAGGCUUUCAUUCAUCAGGAAAAUUAGCAAUACUUUAAAUCCUCACUCCUGAUACACAUCCCCAAAGCCAACCCAGAAAUCUACGCUCUAUUGAAACUAUCAAAUUCCUUAAUUCUCUGGGACCUAAAUACUACAGAUAGAGUUCAAGUUCACUCUCAGUGAAUUCACGGGCAUCUCUACCAAUUUGUGUGUAAAGAUCACUACCUUCAAUUAUUCAUUAAAAAGACCCUCUUUAAAAAAAAAAACAACAAAACCCUCUUUACCAGAAGCCAGAAACUCCAUUUCCUGGGCCUCUGUCUUCCUUAUAGGCUAUAGAAAAGCCAAGCUGUUGUUAUCUAGUUCUUUCCCUUUAGUGCCUUUUCCCCUCCACCCUGUCCCAAUUUCUCAGGUUCCACGAAUAGCCUACAGCUGCAACUCACCAAUGCCCAGCCACCAGUGAAAGAGAUGCCAAGCUAGGCACAUUCUAUUCUAGUCAGUACCCCUUACUCGAUUCUUGGUUUUCUCCAUCAGGCUCUUUUUCUUCCACCUGAUGUAGUUGUCAUCUGUCGCAGUAUCACUGCUCAAGCCUUCCAAAGGAGCCCUGUUCUUCUCUUUCUAGCCUGCAGGAAUCAAGGACAUUCACAUUAUCCACCCUUAUGAAAGGCUAAUAGGUAAACCCUUAAAUUAAUCACUCUCUAAAAUAAAGAGAUUAGAAAGUCCUCUUCUUCACCUUAAAAAAAAAAAUGGAUUAGGAAUUUAAUCAGUUGGUCAACUGAUGAUGGAAAGGAAAAAGUCAUAUUUUUACAUCACAGUCUACACUAAAAUAAAUUUCCAAUUAAAACUUUGCAAAACACACCCAAGUUAGAUAAAAAUAUUUUCAAGAUAUGCCAAGAUAACUUACAGAUCAAUAUGAAAAAAGAAUCAACACUUCAAAGAAAAAUGGACUGAGUGAGCAACUCACAAAAUUCAUAUAAAUACCCAAUAAGCAUGAAAAAACCUGUUUUAUCAAAGAAAUAAAAAUUAAGUACCAUUUUUCCCUUACCAAAUUAGAAACAUUAAAAAUUAGCUGGUAUUAAUAAGAGUACUGUUAGUUGGCUCUUUUCUGGAGGCACCUGGGCAAUAUUCUGUAAAAUUUGAGUCAGGAACUCCUUUCCUAGCAAUGUAGACUAAAACUGUAUAAAUAUCAUAAAGUGAAUAAAAGACUUAUCACAGCAGUGACUAGAAGGGGGGUGGAUGUUAAGAGUAGUAACUGAAGCAAUGGACCUUUGAAAGACAAGUUUAUAUAACAAGCCAAUUUUGCCUUUACUCCCAUUCUUACAGGAAUUGUUAAUAAUGAUCAACAGCCUCUAACAUAGUACUUAGUCCAUGCAGUUUUCAAGAGGUAUAACUCAGGUCUCACCAUGACUAGUUUAAGGUAGGUGUUCUCUCCACUUCAGAGAUGAGAAAACUAUGGUACAAGUUAACUAAACCCCAGUCAUACUAUUAGAACCUGAUACCACAGUCUGGUUUUAGAGCCUAACUUUCAACUACUUUAAUUCUUCUCUAUGCAAGUGACUGCACAACAAAUUUUCUAUCAAUUGGGAUUCUGACUCUAGUUGACAAUACCUGUGAUUCCAUAAAAAUCUUUGAACCUAUUGUUACUAGAUAAUAAAAAACUGGCAUUUCCAUACUUCUAAAGUUCUAGAGCAUUCUUGGUUCUUUAGGAAACUACCUAAAAAGCAGGAAAAUCUUAAAUGACACCAGGAUAAAUCUGGCACUAAGUUUGCUAACUUAUCUACUCAUCUAAAUCUUACAAGGCACACUGUAGGUCACAGACGGGAAACACUUCUGAGAAAGUCCAUUAUUUUAAGGAAACUGUCAAGUAUUUAAAACUAUGAAUAAAAAUAUUAUGCCUUUCAAAUAGAGAAGUAACCAGAA